UAAACAAAUUCUGACAGUUCAGAGAUGGAAAAAGCAAACAAGUUCCAAGAAAGUUUUCUAGUGAAAAAAAACUAACGCCAUAUGUUAUUCAGUUUAUUUGCUAACUGACAACCACGAUAAUUGUAUUUGUAUAUUAUAACCAUACAUUGUUGUUAACAAUCAUUUAUUUAUUAAGAACAUAUCAACAAAUAAAUACUCAUUUUAUUGAUUGUUAUUUUGGAAAUUUAAAUAGAUUUUUCAGUAGAAAUAAACGUAACGUUUUGUGUUGACUGGAUAUUUUGAUGUUAUAUAAAUUACAGUUAAGUGUGUGAUUUAGCUUGAUAAAUUGGAGCGAUUGUUUGAUUAAUUAGAUUGAAACAAAAAAAUGUGUUGAUUACUUAACAGACACGAAGCAGAAAGUUGUAUUGAUAAACAUGAGAGAAAAACGAUUUUAAAUGGGUAGCAAUUAUCGUGUAAUUAUUUUGUUGUUAUUUUGAUUGAGUUGGGAGUUGAAGUAUCCUUCAUUGAUUAUUUAACGAGCAAUAAUGUUUGUGAAAGAUCCAUGCGGAAUCGUUUGCAUUUUUGUGACGUAUGUCGCUGUAUUUUACGCAGACUAUGUUGUGAUACGAUGGAUUAUCCUACAUACUAUGCAAGAUAGUUUGUGGGGUCCAUUUCAUGUGAUAUUCUUCAAUACUAUACUUCUCCUAUUAAUGAUGUCUCACCUGAAAGCUAUCUGCAGUGAUCCAGGAGUUGUUCCUUUGCCACAGACAAGGAUGGAUUUUUCAGAUAUUCACACAGGUGGUUCAGGGGCUAGCGAUGAUUGUGAAGAAAGAGAUGAUUGGAGUGUUUGUACAAGAUGUGAAACUUAUAGACCCCCUAGAGCUCAUCAUUGUAGAAUUUGUGAGAGAUGUAUAAGACGAAUGGAUCAUCAUUGUCCAUGGAUUAAUAAUUGUGUUGGAGAAAGAAAUCAAAAGUAUUUUAUUCAAUUCCUCGUUUAUGUUGGAAUACUAGCUAUUUAUGCAAUUUCUUUGGUCAUUGUAUCUUGGGUAUCUGAGUGUCCAGAAUGCAGCACUGAUAUAACGGUAAAACAAAGCAGGAUUCUCCACUCCGUUAUCUUGGUACUGGAAUCAGCCUUAUUCGGAAUGUUCGUGGUAGCGAUAUUAGUAGAUCAAUUUCAAGCAAUCCUCGGUGAUGAAACUGCAAUAGAGCGUCUACAAGGUGGCCACCAUUAUCAUCAUCAUAAAUCUCGUCGCGCCUUCACUCUUCUUUCUCAAGUAUGCGGCAAAAGUCAUCCAAUUUUUUGGUUGCUUCCUUGUCAUAAUCCACCACGUUAUUCAUUUCGUCGAGAUGAUCGUUUACUUGAUCAUCAGGUCUAAGCAUUUUUCUCAUACUUCGCAAUUUACCAGUAAAUGAUCGCAUCAGUAAUUAUUAUAUUAAUUUUAAAUGCUUAUUGUCAAUUAAUUUUUUUUAUUCUUCCUUGGUUGCUGAUCACCGAUUUUUGGUCAGUUUAAUCUAUUUAUUUUGCGAUUGAUCUUUUAUUCUUUGAA